GGCAACACAGCGAAACGACUCGUAGACAAAACCCCCCCCCCCCCCCCGCCCGCCCCUCACACUCUUCAGCGAACAAACUCCCCCAAAACCAAAACCUUUUCUCGCUCCCUCGACCCUCAAAAGCCUCUUUACCCUGCGGCGGAGACUGCCUCUCUCUCUCUCUCUCUCUCUCUCUCUCUCUCUCUCUCAGUCAUGUUCUAUGUACGCGGUCUUCCAGGGUUUACCAUUCGACAAGUCGAGGCCUUUUCGGUGUACUACUGAUCUCGGAAGCCAAUCUGGAAAUCUGAAGGUCGCUCCUCUUCAGGUUUUGCAGCUUCCAACUAUGGUUACUUCUGAAGAUGGGGUAAUGCAGAAGUUGAAGAUCAGAAUUCCCUUAAAACGUAUUGAAGCUGAUCCUGGAACAGAAUCAUAUAAAUUAGGUCCUGGCACUCCAGCAAACGGAAAAAAGAAGUUAGUGAUUAAAUCAGACAAGUCAGUGAUUCCUUCAUCUGGCGAUGCAAAAGUGUACACUGAUGCUGAUAACUUAAAGGUGAAAUCCUGCACUCAUAAGCGUAAGCUUUCAUUGGUGACAGAUGGUCAAAAGGAGAAGCGACGGAAGAUGGAUCGUAGUGCGUCACGUCAGUGUUCUAUUAUUUUGAAGCAAUUGAUGAUGCAUCCUGCUGGGUGGGUUUUUAAUCACCCAGUUGAUCCAGUGAAAUUGAACAUUCCUGAUUACCACUCUAUAAUCUCUGACCCCAUGGAUUUGGGAACAAUAAAAACAAAAUUGGAGAAGAAUACUUAUUCCAAUGUUGAAGAGUUUGCUGCUGAUGUGUGGCUGACAUUUUCCAAUGCCAUGGUGUACAAUCCUCCCUAUAGUGAUGUUUAUCACAUGGCUGAGCAACUCAAUAGUACUUUCAAUACAAGGUGGAAUUGUUUUGAGGCAAGAUGGAAUCGUGAGCACACAAAUGUGGAGCAGGAGGGUAAAUCACGUAUUGAAAAAGAUACCGAAGAUCCUGGGCAUAAAAAAUACCCCCUGCAUGUUAACUUGUUGCCCAAACUGUUGAUAUCAGCCGAGGAAAAGGAAAAGUUGAGAAAACAGCUGCUGGAAUUGUCAAGGGAGAAGAUAUCACCACACCUCCAAGGUUUGCUUAAAAAAUGUGGUUUGAACUGGCAAAGAGAUGGAAGAGUGGAGAUAGACAUUGAUGCGUUUGAUGACAAAACCUUACUGGAAUUGAAAAGAAGUAUAAGAAGCUUCUUUGUCCCAAAACCUGCCAGAGCUGGCUCUCCUAAAAAGGAGGAAAACAGCUGCCGAAAAUCUUUAGGGAAGAUUGUCCACAGAGGCACUGCUGAUAGUGGUUAUAGAAGUGUUUCUGGUUCUGCCACUGUCAACCAACAAAACUCAGUUGCCUACAAAUGUGGUUCAUGUGGCACUAUGAGAUGCCAAUGCAGCCUUCAAAGUGAUCCUGCUCGCGCAUCCUCAAGUGAUAUAUCAUCGGAAAGAUCACUGGGACAAGAUUGUGUUGAUUCUUCCAGGAAGAAUGAGGUGCAAAGCCUCUUGGCAUCCCGAAUGGGCAAAUCAGAUCCAGAGUCUGAUGGUGCUAUGCACAAAGAACAUGGCAGUUCUAGCCCACAACUGACAACUUUAGGUACCACUCCCGCUUGUGGGGAAGAAUGGACUCCUACUAUUGACAUCCAACUAUCACCGAAGAAGGCACUCCGUGCUGCAAUGCUGAAGAGCCGCUUUGCUGACACAAUCUUCAAGGCAAAACAUAAGACACUCCUAGAUCAUGUUGACAAAAUCGAUCCUGUUAAGAUGCAGAAAGAAAAGGAGAGACUUGAAAGGCAGCAACUUGAAGAGGCAGUGAGGAUAGAAGCCCAAAUCAAAGCUGCUGAAACUGCCUCACGAAUGAGAGCAGAAGCUGAAUUGAAAAUGCAGCGGGAGAGAGAAAGAGAAGCUGCCAGACUUGCACUCCAGAAGAUUGAGAGGACUGUUGAGAUCAAUAAUAACCAGGAGAUCUUGAAAGAUCUUGAGAUGCUUAGUGGGUUAUCACUAUCCAACAAUUGGCUUGCCUGCGAAUUGGGGGCUGAAUCGGUGGUGGGACCGAUUGAGGGGUUUGGGUUCGGUAGUCCAUUGGAACGUCUGGGCUUGUUUAUGAAGGAUGAGUUUAUUUUGGAUGAGGAUGAGGAUGCGAUCUUUCAUGGAGAUGGGGAGGAGGGUGAGGUCUUCAGCAACUCCUCCAUUCCUGCUUGUUCAUAAACUUGUAGUGAGAGUAAAGAUAGUUGCUAGGUGUAUAUAUCUAUCUUUUUUUGCAGGGGAGAUGUGAAUUAUGCAAUUUUUUAAUGAGUGAAUGCUGGAAUUUCUAUACUUAACACAGGGUCAGGGGAAGAUAUAAUUCUGCUGUUUGGUUA